UUCUUCGUGUUGUCGUCCUAUCAUUCAAAUCGCUCUUCUUCUCUUUCCUCCUUUGCUAUAUAUACAAGUACAAUCCCACCCUCUCUUCCGCACUCUGUGCAGCCUCACUAACUCCAUGAACGUUCAAACCCUGUCUCUUGUUCCCUAGUUUCCGUUCUCUUGUCUCUCCUCUCCAUGGCUCUUCUCUUCAAGCCUCACACCUCUCUUUUCUUCCUGGCGACUUGUUUUCUCUCUGUCGCUACACAAGGAAAGGCAGCGCAAGACCCGAACAACUCGAUUUCCUUCUCUUUUCCUCUCACUUCCCUCCGUUUCUCUCGUGACAAUGUUCGAACUCUCUACCCUUCUUCGGUUUCAGAAACCACGCCAAACUCGAGGGUUCAGCCAAGGCCAUCUUCUUAUAGUUAUAAGACGACGUUCAAGUACUCCAUGGCUCUGAUCGUGGCUCUCCCUAUAGGCACUCCGCCGCAGACUCAGCAGAUGGUGUUGGACACUGGGAGCCAACUCUCCUGGAUUCAGUGUCACAAGAAGGUUGCUCGGAAGCCGCCUCCUCCUCCGACGUCGUUUGAUCCUUCUCUUUCCUCUUCUUUCUCUGUUUUGCCAUGUACCCAUCCUCUCUGUAAGCCUCGAAUUCCCGAUUUCACCCUCCCCACUUCUUGCGACCAGAACCGUUUAUGCCACUAUUCUUACUUCUACGCCGAUGGAACACUUGCCGAGGGCAACCUGGUCAGAGAAAAGUUCACCUUCUCCCGCUCCCAAAGUACCCCUCCUUUGAUCCUUGGUUGUGCCACGGACACAAGCGAAGACAAGGGUAUUCUGGGAAUGAACCUCGGACGGUUGUCUUUUGCUUCUCAAGCUAAAAUUUCCAAAUUUUCCUAUUGUGUGCCUACUCGUCGGACUCAACCCGGGUUUUCAUCCACCGGGUCGUUUUACCUCGGUGAAAAUCCGAAUUCCCGCGGGUUUCAGUAUGUUAACCUUAUGAUUUUCCCGGAAAGUCGAACCAUGCCGAACAUGGAUCCUUUGGCUUACACUCUUCCGAUGCAGGGGAUAAGAAUCGGAGCCAAAAAACUGCCCAUUCCCACAUCCGUUUUCCGACCCGACGCAGGCGGGUCUGGUCAAACCAUGAUCGAUUCGGGUUCCGAGUUUACUUACUUGGUCGAUGACGCCUACAACAAGGUUAGGGAAGAGGUGGUGAGACUGGUGGGUCCCAAGAUAAAAAAGGGUUACGUGUACGGUGGAGUAGCUGACAUGUGUUUUGAUGGCAAUCCCAUUGAGAUCGGACGGUUGAUAGGCGAUAUGGUGUUGGAGUUUGAGAAAGGGGUGGAGAUCACCGUUGAGAAGGAGAUGAUGCUGGCUGAUGUCGGGGGUGGGGUCCAUUGCUUGGGGAUCGGACGCUCCAAUAUGCUUGGGGCUGCCAGCAACAUAAUCGGAAACGUUCAUCAACAAAAUCUAUGGGUGGAAUAUGAUCUGGCGAAUAGGAGAGUGGGAUUUGGUAAGGCUGAUUGCAGCACAGCAGCAUAGAGCCAUAAUGGUGAUAUAAUGUUACCACACUUUUGUGUGCAUGAGAAUGGGGGCUGCUGUGCCUACUUAGUAAGAUGGCCCUGUCAGCGUAGAUCAUCCCGAAUGAUCGUAUCCUAUCAGCCGGUCUAGAUGAAGCUACAUGCCACGUGUCACGUGUUCAUCCGAGAGGUUUUAAGCAUUGCAUGUACUUGAGGUACUGUUGUAUGAUGGUAAAGAUGGGAUGAGGAGCCAGACUAGAGUGUAUAUAAGAGGAUGUAAAAAUUAUGCUUAUCAAGUGGAUCGUUUUCUUUUGUACUU